AUGGCCAAGAAAGUAUCCAAACAUUCCAGAGCUGCUAGGAGAUUAGAGGUAGAUGAACCAGAGGCCAAGGAAUUAUCUCAAUUGCCAAGACCUGAAAACACUGAUUUAACCAAUAAAUUAAUUAGAACAGCAAAUAAAAAUGAGGAAUUACUAAAUCGUAAGUUGGAGAAAAAAAAAAAGCACAAAAUUGGUAAAAAUGUACAGAAUAACUCUAAUAGGCUGGAUAAAGCCUUAUCUGCCAUCGAAAGGAAUUUAGAAAAGGAAAGGCUAGAACGAGGUUUAAAUUUUGGUAAUAGAUUAGAUGGCAAAAUAGCCAAAUCCAUAUCAAGAGCCAAAUAUGUUCAAACUAGUAGAAAAGCAGGCUGGGAUGUCACCAAUUUAAGAAUAAAGGAAGAACUAUCUCAGCUACAACAUCAAACAUCCGACCAGGUAGGAAAAAACCCCCUAAAUCAAAAAGAAGAAGAUUCAACAGAAUUUGACGAAGAUUUUGAGACUUUUGGUGAUGCGGAAAAAAAGAAAAAGAUGGAAAAACAACAAAAGAACUCUUUUGUUUCACUAGAGACGGAUGUAGAGGCAUGA